AAAAAACGUCACCGGUCUCUUGACAGUUAGAAAGUUUACGUAAAAUGUUUUUUCGUUCGUUUGUGCGUACACUAGCGCGCAGCCAUUAUUGCAGCAUGAGGUACUGUAGAUCGAGUAUCGGGCAACAUCUUGCCAUAAGGGCGCCAGGCUCUCCAGUAACAACAGUUAUUAAAAACAAUGCGACUCGUAGGAACAUUUACACUUGCGAUGUCCUAUGCAAACGACGGAAAACCGGCGAGGAAAAGAAAUCCGAUCGUAUUAUUGAGUACUCACCCAAAAAGAAAAAACAUGGUGCAAAACUUGAAGGUAUAGUCGAUGUUUGGCGACAUAUAUCCGUUCAAGAACUGGCAAAUUCUAUGCAACGCUCAUUGGAGGACGUGCAGGAGAUAAUGUUAUACGUAAAAGGUGCAGACAAUAUUGAGCCAAACGCGCGAUUAGAUGAUCUUAAAAUUAUACAAGAAAUUGUCAAUAAAAGUGGGGCAAAGACACGUAUUGUAUCCGCGCCCGAAGAUGACAGCGUAGAUUCUGAUGAAUUGGGUAAACAUCAUGAUAUAACACCACGACCACCAGCGCCGCCAGAGUUGUUAAAACCACGCCCACCAGUUGUCACUGUUAUGGGUCAUGUAGAUCAUGGCAAAACAACUCUGCUAGACUCGUUACGUGGUGCAGCUGUGGCGGCUGGUGAAGCCGGUGGUAUAACUCAACAUAUUGGUGCUUUUACUGUAAAGCUUGAUAAUGGUGAGCAAGUGACUUUCCUUGACACACCCGGCCAUGCAGCUUUCAGUGCAAUGCGUGCGCGUGGUGCACAUGUCACGGAUAUAAUAGUACUGGUGAUCGCUGCUGAGGAUGGUGUAAUGGCGCAAACGCGAGAAGUCAUACAAUUGGCAUUAAAUGAAAAAGUACCUAUUAUUGUGGCCAUUAAUAAAAUCGAUAAGCCCGAAGCAAAUAUUGAAAAAACAAAGCGUGAUUUAAUGCAAAUGGGAUUGGUGCUAGAGGAUCAAGGUGGUGAUAUACAAGCCAUACCCAUUUCGGCACUGAAAGGUACUAAUCUGGAACUCCUAACAGAGGCUGUGAGUACACAAGCGACUAUUAUGGGCCUCAAAGCAGAACCGACUGGUCUAAUUGAAGGCGUAGUAGUGGAAUCUAAAACAGAUCCCAAUAGGGGAAAGCUCUCCACUGCGAUUGUAACUCGUGGAACCCUACGUAAGGGCGCUGUGCUUGUAAGUGGUUUAGCGCAUGCCAAAGUGCGCGGACUCUUCGAUCAUAAUGGCAAACCAAUGACUCAGGCACCACCUGGCACGCCGGUGGAGAUAUUGGGUUGGCGUGAGCUGCCACUAGCUGGCGAUAUUAUACUUGAAGUAGAAUCCGAGAAAAAAGCGCAUUCCGUAUUGCGUUGGCGAGAACACGAAGCCAAGCAUCACAAAGCCGAAGAGGCUAUUGAUGAAAUUCGCAAAAAAGAGGAGGAACAUUUGACCAAAUAUCGUGCUGAGCGUGAUGCGCGACGGCUGGCAGGCAAAUUUCGUAUGCGUUAUGGCCCCAGAGAAAAGGAAAUUGUUGAUCAUGAUAAUGUGCCACGUGUUAGUAUUAUCGUUAAAGGCGAUGUACACGGUUCUGUGGAGGCGCUCCUAGAUGUCUUCGAUACUUACACCAGCAACGAACGUUGUCAAUUGGACGUUGUGCAUUACGGUGUGGGAAAUGUCACAGAAGGUGACAUUGAAUUGGCUAAAACGUUCAAUGCCAUCAUUUAUGGAUUCUCUGUACCUGCACCAACAAAUGCACCAAAAAGUGUGGCUAUACGUUGUUAUGAUGUCAUCUAUCGGCUUAUAGAUGACCUAAAAAAAGAAUUGAGCAGUAAACUGCCACCAGUGGAGGUGGAAGAGGUGGUGGGCGAGGCGAAUGUGCUACAACAAUUCUUUAUUAACGAAGGUCGUAAAGAAGUGCCUGUGGCUGGCUGUCGGUGUGUGAAGGGCUUACUGAAAAAGGCCCACAAAUUUCGUUUACUACGUAAUGAUGAGGUUCUAUAUGAAGGUCACUUGGAGUCUAUGCGUCAUUUGAAAAACGAAGUGGAUUCAAUCAAGAAAGAUGUGGAAUGCGGAUUGCGUUUUAAGGAUCCAAAAAUUUUACCACAGCCGGGCGACACCAUAAUAUGCUACACAACACGCCUGGAAGAACAAGAAACAGACUGGGAUCCAGGAUUUUGAACAAAAAAAAAUGCUUUUGUGUUGAGGGUGAAUGAUUGACUACUUUACGAAGGGCUUGAGCAGGAGCUGAAAGAUAACUCGCAUUUUUGCGAUUUUUCGCAACGAAACCAACAAUGCCAGAUUACUAUAAUUUAAUUUUUUUAAAGCACUAAUUCAUUGAAAAGAGGUGAAAUGUUAUUUGAUUUAAAUAAACAAGAGUGAACCAACAUUA